AUGAACGAGACGGGCCGGGCGUGCGACGGAGCAGCGCUGCCGGCCGGGGCUCGCCCGCUGGUCAGCGCACUCAUGUUCUCGGCCGGGCUCCUGGGCAACCUCCUGGCGCUGGGGCUGCUCCUGCGCGGCCGUCGCGGGCCCCGCCAGCGCCCGCCCGCGCUGUUCCACAUCCUGGUGCUGGCCCUGGUGGUCACCGACCUGCUGGGCACCUGCUCCGUCAGCCCCUUGGUGCUCGCUUCCUACCACCGCAACCUCACCCUCACCGCCCUGGCCCGCGGAGGGCACGUCUGCUUCUAUUUCGGCUUUGCCAUGAGCUUCUUCGGCCUCGCCACGAUGCUCAUCCUCUUCACCAUGGCUCUGGAGCGCUGCCUGGCCCUGGGGCGGCCGUAUUUCUACGAGCGCUUCCUGAGCCCCCGCACGGGGCUGGUGGCCCUGCCGGCCAUCUACACCUUCUCGGCCGCCCUGUGCUCUCUGCCGCUGGUGGGCUUCGGGCGCUACGUCCAGUACUGCCCCGGCACCUGGUGCUUCAUCCAGAUGCACCUGGGUUCCCACCAGAGCAACCGGGAUGUGGCGGGGCUGAACGUCACCUUCUCGCUGCUCUACGCCACCCUGCUCCUCUUCCUCAUCCUCGCCGUGCUGCUCUGCAACCUGAGCGUCAUCGUGAACCUGGCCCGCAUGCACCGCCGCGGGCAGAGGACGCGCCGGGUCACCACCCUGGAGCGGCCCCGCGCCGCCACCGGCUGCGGCCGCCGCAUGUUCUCCAUGGCCGAGGAGAUCGACCACCUCCUGCUGCUCUCCAUCAUGACCAUCACCUUCGUCAUCUGCUCCCUGCCCUUCACGAUCCGUGCCUACGUGAACAAGUUCAGCGAGGAAGAGGCCGACCACGAGUGGGACCUGCUGGCCCUGCGCUUCCUUUCCAUCAACUCCAUCGUGGAUCCCUGGGUGUUUGCCAUCCUGAGGCCGCCGGUGCUGCGCCUCAUGCGCUCCGUGCUGUGCUGCCAGGUCACCCCCACGGCCCCGGGUGGCCACGCUGUGUCCCCUGCUGUCACCAAGCUGGCACAGCCGGAACUCUGCGGGCAGUAG